UCUUGAUUAAGCAUCAAUUAGCGAAAAUGAGCACACAAGGUGUAUUACUUUCUAUUCAUAAAUGAGAUAAGACAUCUCUAUUUAAGGAUUAUCACAACCAUUUUAAUUUUGGAUGUAGUAAUUAUUAGGCUCUCCUACUUCUCCAAUUCACCGAAUUUCAUUCUUGGUGCACAGAGAAAAUAAGAAAGAUGUCGAGUAUGGGGGAGAUUUGGAUGGGAAUGGGAACACUGAUGGGAGGCAUCAUGUUCGCUUACACGAUGAUUCAACAAUUUGUUCCACGGCAUGUCGCUGAUUAUCUAUCAGCUUACAUGCAUCGAACUAUGGCAUUUGCAAAUCCUUACAUGGAGAUAAGCUUCGACGAAUUCACUGGUGUUGAGCGGUUGAAACUAAGCCAAGCUUACUCCGCAGUUGAAGCUUAUUUGGGUCCUAAAAGUUCUAAACUUGCAAAGCGACUGAAGGCUCAGAUAGUGAAGGGGCACAAGGAUCUUGCCUUUAGCAUGGAUGAUUAUGAAGAGAUAAUUGAUGAUUUUCAAGGAGUGAAAAUCUGGUGGUCCAUGGGCAAGACUAUCCCGGAAACCAAGUCUUUUUCUUAUUAUCCUUCGGCUACUGAGAAACGACACUUGAGGCUAAAAUUUCAUCGGCGACACCGUGAAACCGUCACCAAGUCGUAUCUGAAGCAUGUCAUCAAGGUGGGAAAGGCAAGCAUGAUAGAGAACAGGCACAUACGGCUCUACUCCAAUAAUGCAAACCAAGGGUAUUAUGAAUACAAGAAAACAUUAUGGGGUCAUGUAGAGUUUGAGCACCCCGUGACAUUCGAUCACCUCGCAAUGGAUCCAGUAAAAAAGCAAGAAAUUAUCGAUGAUCUUGUAACAUUUAGUAUGAGCAGAGACUACUAUAUGAAGAUUGGUAAACCAUGGAAGCGUGGGUAUCUCUUAUAUGGCCCGCCCGGUACCGGUAAGUCUAGUAUGAUUGCUGCCAUGGCUAAGCUUUUGAAUUAUGACAUAUAUGAUCUUGAAUUAACGGCAGUGAAGGACAACAGCGAGCUUAAAAAGCUUUUACAGGAUACAUCAAAUAAGUCUAUUACUGUAAUAGAGGAUGUCGACUGUUCACUCGAUCUUACCGGAAAACGGAAGAAGAAGAAAAAGAAAGACGACAAAGAGGAGAAAGACCCAAUUAAAGAAAAGGCAGAUGAUGAAGAAGAAGAAAGUAAGCAGGACAGCAAGGUUACGCUAUCUGGACUUCUUAAUGUCAUAGACGGAUUAUGGUCAGCUUGCGGCAAAGAACGUAUCAUCGUGUUUACCACUAACUACGUUGAGAAAUUAGACCCAGCUCUAAUUCGUAGAGGCCGGAUGGACAAACACAUUGAAAUGUCGUACUGUUGUUUUGAAGGAUUUAAAGUGUUCGCCAAGAAUUACUUAGACCUGGAGUCUCAUGAAUUGUUUGACACCGUAAGACGUUUGAUCGUUGAGGUAAAAGUUUCUCCUGCUGAUGUUGCUGAGAAUUUGAUGCCUAAAACCAUGAAAAGGGACUCUCGAGUUUGUUUGCAAAACCUGAUAAAGACUCUUGAGAAGAUAAAAGAAGAUGAAAAGUUGAUAGCUGAGGAAGAAUCAAAAAAGAAGGAAAAUGAUGGGUUGGUAAUGGAAUAAAAAGAAGAUCGUUAGGGAAGAUGCCAUGGGCAAAACGUAUUACAGAUAGGUGCAGCUUGUAGGACGAGGUGUUCCCCAUUCGGCCUGUAGUAAGUUUGUUGGUCUUGGUAGUUUUUCAUUUUGUUUCUUCCUCUCUGUCCCUAUUCUGUUUUUGUUUGUAGGUUGGGGUCUUCUUAACCUCCUCUCUUUUCCAAAACGGAACAUCGUGUCACAACCAAUGUGCCUAUGGUUAUGUCAAAGUCUUUAUGAAUCAAUCCCAAUCAGUUCAUUGUUGGGGUUAAUAUAAAUUCACUAAUUCAAGUUCCAGUGAUUUACAAUUCACUAGAUUGACACAUUAAUUUUCUAAGAAUAUGCUUCCUUCCACAUUCAUUAGAAAUAGUUUAUAGAUGCAAUCAACUUCAUUCUCACUGUAAAUUUACAAAAAGGUUGGUAAUAGUUCAUACAUGAACACCCUUUGGUGUGAUUAGCCCUUA